UUGACGAAAAAAUCGCAUUUUUUUAUUUUUUCGCGGAAAACGUGUGAAGGUGAGUUGUUUUGGGUCGGGUUUUCUGAAUUUCAGGUGUAAAGGGCUGAAAAUCAGAUGUUCUGUGAGUUGGGUUCAAGAAAUUCGUGAUUUUGAGUUGGGAAGGAUUUUUUGAAAAGUUUGCACAUUUUCGAAAAUGGUUUUCACUAAAAAUUUCAACGUUUUGGAUUAAAAAGCUAUCAUAUGAGCAUCUUCUGUUCUAUAAUUUUUCUCAAAAAAUAUAUUUAAAAAUUUUUUAGCUUCGAGAAUGUCAAGCCGUUCAUCUCGUCGAAGUCAAGGCGGAACAGCCGGUCAGCUGAACAUAGCUACAAUAGGAUUAUUGGACAAGGGAAGACUAGUCAAAGAAUUAUCGGAACGUGGUCUUGACACGAUCGGAAACAAAGAUGCAUUAGCGCAAAGAUUGUAUGAUUUUAUUGUGAAUGGAGGAGCUGUCGAAAAUGUUGUGAAGGCUGCUACCAGCGCGAAAAAAUCGACACCAAAGAAGAAAAUAAAAGUGGAAGAACCUGAACCUGAGCCGGAAGAGACGAAAGAACCUGAAAAAGAGGUCAAGGUGACGAAAACCAAGAAAGCGCCAGCAAAAAGAGCUGUGAAGGUUAAGAUUGAGGUUGUAGAGCCUGAAGCAGAACCGGAACCUGAGCCAGAAACAGAAGCAGAACCUGAGCCCGAGCCCGAGCCUGAAAUUCAAGCAUCAAAAUCAAAAAGAGGACGGCCGAAAAAAGUGAUUGAAAUAGUCGACGAUGCUCCGGAUUUACAGUUAUUGGAUAAAAAAGUGGAGGUGACGGAGGAUAAUGUGAAAUCGAUAACAACUAGAAGUGGAAGAAGAGCGCAGGUUAAAGUUGAGGUUGGUUUUUGUCGGAUUUUUUAGCCUAAAAUUGUGACAAAUUCAUAUUUUCAGACUCCUGAACCAAAAUCAUCAAAAGAAUCUUCCGCAGAGCCGGAACCGGAAAAACCCGCAGAAAUCGUUCCGCCAGCAAAAAUCAUCAAAGAAGAACCACUGGAAAAGCGCAAAAAAUCAGUGGAAGAAGAAAAACCCAAAAUCCCAAUUCAAACUCCAGCACCAGCUCAAUCAGGCCCGAUAAAAAGGCCGCGAGUUUCGUCCGGCGCCGGGCCAUCGACUUCAGAUUUGAUGGGUGAAGUUAAGCGAAGUAGAUUCGAGGAAAAAGAGAGGAGGGAAAAAGAGAAAAUUGUGGUGAAGGCGCCGAGUUGGAAAGAGAAAUGGGCCGAGAAAAUGAAAGAGGUGAGGAUUUUGAGCUAAAAAUUCACAUUUUGACCUCGAAAUUAUUCAAAAACACAGAAUUUUCAAGCUCAAAAUAAUUGUAAAACGUGAUCAUAUCACGUCAGAAACCAAAAAAAAAUCCAAAAUCAAUAUUUCCAAAUUUUGCAGGCUCGAGAAAAGACCGAAAAAGAGAAGGAAAAAGAGCAGAAGCCGAAAAUCGUCGAAAAACGCAAGGAAUCAGUGGAAAAACCGAAAGAAAGUCCAGUUGAAAAGGUAAGGAGCCUGACUCUGAAUUUGAGUUAUUUUUGUAAUUGGUAGAAUUGGUUGGAAACUCUGAAAAAUUGUGGCUUUACGAGGGUAUAAGUUUUUCUGAAAGUUGAGAGCCUGAUGUAAAAAAUUACAAUAAUGAUAUUGCUCAGUGAAUGAAAAAUCAAUAUAAAUUCAGCGAUUUUUUUUUGAAUUUAUAUUGAUUUUUCUCUGAGCUAUUAUUGUAAUUUUUAACAUCCGGCUUUUAAAUUCCAGAAAAAAAUGCUGUACUAUGAAAUCAACCCCUCUUCAAUAAUGUUGUGCUAUCAGAUUUACAAAAAUAUUUCAUAUUCAGAGUUGAGCUAAGUAAUUUUUGACAUCAGACGCGUGUCAAAAACUAUCAAGCUAAAAUAAUCAAAAUUUUCAGGUUGACGUGUUGUCAGCAAUUAUAUCAUCAACAACUUCGAAACCAAAACCACCGAAACCAGAAGAACUUCCAAAAGCGUUGAAAAUCGAAACUUCAUCGGAUAUGCGAGCUCUUGGUGGAGCUGAUCUUCUUCGUCAAACUCAAAAGGCAUCUCCUUUCGGUGUACAUCUUCCAUCCCCGAAGAUUGUGCAGAAGUCAAGCGAUAUUCCACCGCCGCCCCCACCAAGGCCGAAACCAGUUAUUGUAGCUCCCCCGCCCCCACCACCACCAAAAGUCUUGGCGCCAGUUGUCAAGACGAUUUCUGGAGUACCGCCUCCACCGCCGCCAAGAGGUAUAGAUCCUUUGCUGAAAACAUGAAAGUCUGCAAUUUUAUACUGAAAAUUACGGGAUUUUUGAGCUCACAAGCUUGAAAACAGCGAUUUUUAUUGUGAAAUUUGAAAAAUUCGAGAUUUUUCAAGUAGAAACAUGAAAAAUUACUAAACUUGCAGAAAAUGCAUAAUUUUCCAAAUUGCCACGUCAUAGGUCACGUGUAAAAAUCUGAAGAAGCCGGAUCUAAAAUCUUUGACCUUAAAAUAUUUUUAGACCCCGACAUUUGAAUUUCUCGUCGUUUUCUCAGAGGAAUGGUGCGAAAUUUGAAUUUUGGGGCUGAAAAUUUAAAUUUGAUCGAAGAUUUUGAGAUCCCGCAUAGGAAAACCUAUCGUCAAUUUUUUUUCCAAAUUUUCCCACGUGGAUUUUUCGAACGCGAAUAAAUACCCUAAUUUUUUCAGUGAAACCUACAGUAACUACAGUUCCAUCACCUUCAAAAAUCGCUCUUCCACCAACACCAGCUCCAACUACAGUAAUCCUACAACUCCUACAGUACCAGCAGCACCACAACCCCGCCGAAAAUCGCGUUUCGAUCAACCGCCACCCGAAUUCUUCGAGCAACGAUUCAAGGAGCUCCAGAAUUCCAGCUCGCAACCAAAAUUGGCGACUUCGCCGCUGAAAAUAUCUGGAACUCCGCCAAAAUUAGACCUGAAAUCGAGAAUCGCCGAGGUUUUUGAGCUGGAUUUGGGAGCUGGAAAAGAGCCAAGCCCUGAGAAAAUUGCUUCUCCAGAAGCUCAAGAAAAUUCAGAUGAAGAAGAAGAUUUUGUGAUUCGAGAAACUGUUGUUGAAACCUUGCCACCUAUCGCCACUUCUGUUAAAAUUGAAGCCCGGCCUGAAAAAAGCCCGGAAAUUUUGGAGGAUGAAGAAGAAUAUGAUCCAUUUGAGAAUACGACGAUUCAGGAAGAAUGUGUGGAAUAUUAUCCGAGUUUUGCCACACAGGUUUGGUUUUUGGGUGGGAAAAUUAUGGGGGGAUUCGAAAAUUACACGAUGUUUUAGGCCGUAAGCUUGAAACUUUGAGUUUUCUGAAAAAUGAUUCAAAACUGGAAAAAUGAAAAAUUCAAGAUUUUUGAGCCCAUAAGCUUGAAAACUUUUUUUCAUUAUCUUGAAAAUAACAGAAAAUUCGAAUUUUCAAAGCCCAUACGUUUGAAAAUGAGGUUUCACCAUGAAAAAUGAUCUGAAAAUUGAAAAUUACGAGUUUUUUGAGAUCAAAGACUACAAUAUGAGAGUUUUUUCAUGAAAAAUGACCAAAUUGAUCAUUUUUUAAUAAAAAAUACUAGAAAUUCCCGAAAAUUUGCAAAAAGCAUAAUUUUUGAAUUUGAAAUUAGAUUUUCAAAAUUUCCACGUCAUAGGUCACGUGUGAAAAUCUGAAGAAGCCGGAUCCAAAAUCUUUGACCUUAAAUCAAUUUUAGACCCCGAAAUUCGAAUUUUCCGCCGUUUUCUUAUAGAAAUGGGGCACAAUUUGAAUUUUGACGCUAAAAAUUAGAUUUGAUCAAAGAUUUUGAGAUCCCGCGCAGGGAAACCUAUCGUCAAAUUUUUUCUGAGUUUUGGGGCUGAAGAUCUAAAAGCCUGAAAAUCCUCCAAAUUUCAGAAUGACGAAGAAAUGGAAGAUGAAGAAGGUCCAAGUACAAGUCAACAAAGUGAAUAUCAAGAAGAAGAUGAUGAAUCUGAAAUAAUUGUAGAUGAUUCAGAAUAUAACCCAGAAGAUACAACAGUAACAGAAUCUGAUUUAUCAACCAGAGAUUUGCUGAAACUCGCUCUUCCAGUUCUUCAAAGUUUGACAAAUAAACUUGGAGAAACUGAUGAAAAAGAAGGAAAAAAUGACGAAGAAGAAGAUCAAGAUUUCUGUCAAAUAAUUGAAGAAAGUGUGCUACUUGAAGAGAAAGAAAAUCCGGAAGAUGUUUAUUAUCAUGGAGAUCCGGUGCCGGAAAUUGAUGAGAAUGAAUUGUUCGAAAUUGCGGCGGGUAUUAAACCGGCGAAAAAAAAGGAGAAGAAACCGUUGGUGCAGAUUCCGGAUGAGGAAAGAUUGCCCGCGCAGAAUUUGUGGGAGUUGGAUUAUUGUGAGUGAAAAUUUGGAAUUUUUGAGGUUUGAAUCCAACAACAGGAAAAAAAUGAUAGAAAACUUGAAAUUUUCAAGACUUUAAUCAGAAAAUCGAUUUUUCCACAAGAAAUUCGAAUGUUUGAUAAUAACAUUGAUUUUUCCGGAAAGAGUUAUACUUAAAAUCGAAAAUGACCUCUAGUGUCAAUUUUCAACAAAAUGUUCAGAAAUCUAGUCAAAACGACCCUAGAGUCAAAUUUUUGUAAAAAUUCAUCUCCUAUUGUAUUUUUUUUCGAAAUUCUCAGAUUUUCUGAUGGAAAACGGCUCCAGAAGUCAAAUUUGGAAUGUAAACCAUGAUUUUGAAUUUAAAAACUGGAUCUACGGUCAAAUUUUUGAAAAAAAACUAUUUUGAGUUCAAAAAUCACCUCACCAAGUCAUAUUUUCUGAAUUUUCAUUUAAAAAUUACCCCCGGGGACAAUUUUUAUCCAUUUCCUCCAAUUUUUACCUUAAAAUCAAUUUUUUUUUUGCAGACAACGCAAGUAUCCACCUAAAAUCAGCCGAAGAUAAUAUUUGGAAAAUCGAACCAUUUCAACAAGAUGGUUUAGCAUUAAUGUGGGGAAGUGUUCGAUCGAAUUUCGGCCUGAAAAUUCCAGCAAAACAUUGUCGAAAAAUUGGAUUUCAAAUUGAAAUCGAAAGUUUUCCAUCGAUUCAACAUUUGCCGACCGAAUUUAUGCAUGAAAAUGGUGAUGUUCGAGUUGGAUUUUCGUUGGGAAGCGCACCGUUGAUUGUGAGUUUUUUUGGGGCGAAAAUUGGCUCAAGGGAUGAUUUUUGAAUGGGAAAUCUUAAAAAACUAACCUAAAUUUGACCCUCUAGGUUAUUUUUAGUCCAAAAAUUGAUGUUUUCCUAUGAAAUUUUGCCAAGGAAGUGGUUUUGAGUUCAAAAUUAAGAUUGACCUCGGUUGAAAUUAGCUAGAAAGAAAGAAAGAAAGAAAAGAAAAGAAAAAAAAAAAAAAAAUUGACCUCGGUUAAAAAAAAAAAAGAAAAUUGACCUCGGUUGAAAUUAGCUAGAAAUUAAAAAUUUCUAAUGAAAUUUGAGCCUUGAAUAACUUACUGAAUUUUCGAGCCGAAAAAUUCCACGUGGCUAAAAUCUGAAAUUGUAUUCCAAAACCUUCAUUUUUUGCAGCUCGGUGAAUAUUCUGGAACCUGGUGCAUCUCAAGUUCUGGCAAAAAAGCGACCAACAAUAUUUUCACUGAUAUUUCGACAAGUUUUGGUGUAAAUGAUAUUAUCACUUGUGUUUUGGUGAGUUUUUUGAAUGAAAAUUGGGGAAAAACCUGAAUUUGGGGCCUACGAGGGCUGGAUUUCAGGCCUGAAUUAAUACCUGAGAAACCUAGAUUUAUGGCCUUAAAAAGCCUAGAUUUCAUUCAAAAAUCAAUUUUUGCAGGAUCUCGACAAAUCCACAAUUGAAUAUUCGAAAAAUGGCGAGGAAAUUGGUGUGAUUUUUGUUGAUUUGGCAUUUUCGGAUGGCGACUUGGUUUUUCCGACGAUUUGUGUAAAAAAUGCAAUUGUUAAUGUUAAUUUUGGACAAGAAUCGGAAAAAGACGAGGCAAAAUGGAAAAUGUGAGCAUUUUCAGUUUCGAAAUUGGAAUUUUGAACCUGAAAAUUUACCUGGAAGAUGAAACAUCUGACAUUUUCAGCCCUGGAAGAUUAAAAACCUGAAAUUUCAUUGAAUAACUAGCCCCAGACCUGGAAAAUUCUUUUACGCUCAAAAAUCACAGAUAUUUUAUUUUUAGUGGAAAAAUUGGGAUUUUCUAGAUUGAAACAUGGAAAUCUUGAUAUUUUUCAAUUAAAAAAUCUGAAAUUCAUCAAAAAUUUCCAAAUUUUACCCAAAAACCAUCUUAAAAUUUACCAGAAAAUCCUGAAAUUCAAUUUUGAACAUUCCAAUUUUCAGCCCAUCUGAUCGUAUCUGGAAAUUCCCCACUGAAAUCCCGAACCUGCCAGAUGUUCUCGAAAGAACUCGCCAAGCUCCCGAAUCCAAAAGUGCGUGCACAGUUCUAAUGACAGUCGGUCUACCAGGUGUCGGAAAAACCACGUGGGUUCGCCGCUAUUUGUCCGAACAUCCGCACGAGAAUUGGACAAUCAUCAGUGCGGACACAGUUGCGGAUGCGAUGCGGAUAAACGGAGUGGCGCGAAAUCGACAGACCAAUCUGAAGCGACCCGAUUUUUUGAGAGGAAUUAUUGGAAAAUCGAUGGCGAGACUGAUUUUGUUGGCACCGAGAAGACGGAAGAAUUAUGUGCUCGAUAUGACGAAUUGUUUGGUCGAGAAGAGAAAAAAGGAAAUUGAUGGCUUUUGAGGUUUGAUUUUACGGGGGAAAAUUUGGGAUUUGGGGGGAUUUUUGAACCAGGAAACGUUAAUUUUUGAUCUAUAAACAUUUCGGCGCCAAAAAGGCUUUUGAGGUGGAAAAUUUGAGAUUUUGAGAUUCACGAACGAAAAAAUGUCGAAAAAACAUGGUCAAAAUAAGUUUUUCAGCCAAAAAUGAUGACAAAUCGAGAUUUUUGAAGCUUCUGGAAAAAUUUCUGAUGAAAAGUGACCUUGGAAUUCACUUUUCAAAAGUUUUUGCUAAUUGUUCGUGAAAUAAAAAAAUUUAUCAAAUUUUGAUGAAUGUCGAAAAAUUAAUAACAUGAGGUGAAAGAGGGUUCCCGAAGCUUAUUUUCAUCAGAAAUUAAAAUACCGUAUAUACUAAAAAAUACCGUAUUGCCUCCCCCCCUCCCCAGAAUCUAUAAAAAUCCCCAAUUUUUGCAGGAUUUCAAUCGAAAAUGUAUGAUUUUUGUGCCAUCCGAAGAUGUUCAUCUAAAACGUCUUAUGAAACAAGAACACGAAGAAAACGAAAAAGUUGACACAGAUGCUCUAAUGCAACACAAAGCCGCAAUAAGUCUACCAAAUCUUGAAAAUGAUCCAUGUGAAAGUAUAAUUUUCAUUGAUCCACCAGCUCCAUAUGAACAUUUGGCUUAUGAAAGAGUGGCGAAAAUGAAUGCGGAUUGUAAAAGUUGGCUGGUUGGACAGGGAAAUCAACGAAAACGCGGAGGAUUUCAGAAGAAUUCGGCGAAUUUGUCGAUUAACACUUAUAAUAAUUCCACGUUUAAUUCGUCAUCUGGACCGAAUAGCGAUUUUUCGCCACGUGGAUUCAAUGUCACGCAUACCACGUUUUCGAGUUUGAGAGAGAAAAGUCCGCCGGUGGUUAUUAAGACUGAUUUGACGGUGAGUUUUGAAUUUUUUGGUGGAUUUUUGAGCCCUGGAAAUUGAAAUUUUUGGCUUGAAAAUUGGUUUCUGGGGUAUUUUUGACCCCUAGAAUGCAAUAUAUUUUCAACAAUGUCUGACAUUGAACUAUUGUCUUCUUUUUCCAGAAGCCAUUAUUCCUGAACAUGUCAACACCACAACAACAGCAAUCAACUUAUCAUCAAAAUCGUCGAUCAUCGGAUUCGAAUGGUCCCGGACCACUUUCUUCUUCGACCACCACACCAAAUACACAACAACAACAACAAAUGACACCAACAACAGCAUCGCCACAAUUGGUGUCGACUUCGAGAUUUGCGCCGCCAAUCGGAACAUCUACACCAAUGUUUCCUUUCCCGUGUGAUGUUGUGAGUUUUUUUUUUUGGGAGAAUUUGGAGCAUUUUGAGUGGAAACUUGAUUUGGUCUGAAAAAUAUUGGAAAAGUUAAACUUAGGUUGAAAAAACUUAAACUUUGAGUCUAAAUAUCACGUGGCUAAAAUUUAAAGAUGAAAUUUUGAUUUUUGAGCUCAAAUCCAACAUUUUGUCUAAGAUUUUCAAAAAUUUCAGUUGAAAUCCACGUGGAAAAUGUUCUCCUCGAAAUUUGGAGCAUUUUGAGUGGAAACUUGAACAUAUUCACAUGAAAAAAAUUCCCCAAGCCCAAUUUCUUUUUUGCAGAACCUCCCACCACCAAAUUUCUCGCUCCCACCUCCUUCAUUCACCCAGCCACCUCCUCAACAACUCUUCCAACAAGUUCCGCCACUCCUUCAACAGCCACCACCACAAAUGUAUCAUCAUUACGGAGCUCCGCCUCCGCAAUAA